ACUACCGCUACCACCAUGGCAUCUGCUAGCAGCUCCGCACAGGCCGCCUUCGGGCUGGGCCGCAGGAAGAAGAGCCCCGGCCUUUUGGAUCAGAUCGGAAAGUUCUUCGGAGGGGACAAGAAGAGGAAGAGCAAGGGAUCUUUCCGUGGCGCUCUCUCUCCAGGCCCUCAGAAAGCAUCUGCAACCUCCCCUCGUAAGCGUGGAGCAGAAAACGCUGUGGUCCAUUUCUUCCGCACGAUUGUGUCCCCUGCCCCUCCUAAGUCCAGGUGGACAGGACUAGCAGCCAAGAUGGGCAUGGGCAACCAGAAGUCCCAGUCUAAAGCCAAGAAGGCCAGUGCAGGGGACGGAAAAGGCUCCCUCACUAGGAUCUUCAAAAUGUGAUGAUAUCAGCAGCAGAGGAAGCAGGAGCGCUUCUCCAGCCAAACGCUGAGGUCCCUCUCCACUCGACACCCCCCCUUCCAACAGCUCGAGGGCAGACGUUCAAGAACACGGGACUAACGUGGGGGAGAAAAAGAAAAAAAGAAAAAGAGGACCCCGCUCACACUCGACCUCCCCUCCACCUCUGAUAACACUUUAAUGUUUCGCUAAAUCCCUCGCCUCUCCUUACCCCCGCCUCCGCCUUGGCUGGUAGAUAGCGACACAAUCUGUUGCCCCCUCCCCUCCAUCCCUCCCUGCAUGCGUUGUGCUGAGUAGUUGUCAUCAUGAACUGUUUGCUGAAGUUGACCCUGAAGCCGCUCACAUGUGCAGCCUGAAUGACCCCUGCUGACCCCCCCCGCCGUGGCUCUCUCCCCUUAUACGUGUGCUGCUUGAGUUUCUGUGGACGUCUCACGUAGUUUCUCUACAUUUAAAAUAAAGGUGGCUGAACUGAAGCACACCCGGAGCAGCUGAAAGUUGAGGCCGGUGCAAGUCCGACUGACUUGACCGUCAUUGCCGCUCGUUGACUUGGAUGAAAAGGCCGGGUGGCUUCUGUUUUUAGUAAAGAGUGAUUUUCUGUCUUGUCACGCUGUCGUUCGUCGAACCCCUCCGUGUUUGAUUGUUUUCAAAUAAUAUAUUUAACAGUGUUCACAUUGUUAUGAGAGCCAUUGUGUUCCACCCUCGUGUCUUUAGAUGUAGCUAAGUGUCCUGUCAUGUAUGUCAUGUCAAUCUGUGUUUGUCGUUACGGCUGGCUGCAGGUUUUUUGUGGUGAAAGAUACACUUCUCAAACUUUCUAAAAUCAAUAUCCUGUAGUAGCCACCGUGAGCAGUAGAUACAUUAGUCGUUUCUAAUGCGUCGUUUCUUUUUCAGUCCACGAGAUAAUGAUUUCCACUCAUUUUCCUUUCCACAUGUAGAACUAAAGAAUUUGACAGUGAGCUAUUUUCCAUUUUUAAAACAUUCCCACUCUGAAUCUGAAGCAUGAAGCCAGAUUCAGAGCUUCCAUCUCUGCUUCAGUGUAGUCUUCUCUAUGUUUCGUAAGCACAGCACAAGUGCCUUUUCCUCCUGACUACCAAAAAACAACGUGCUGUGUCUCCUCUUUGUGGAUAAUUAUAAAGAAAACACAAUUUCAAGAAGGUGCUCUGUAACUAACUCUGUAUUGACACAUUAUAAGGUGUUUACUUGGGAAUGUUGUCUGACAGAACUGUGCCACUAGGGCUGUUCCAAACGUCCCCUCUUUCCCAACGCAGGCCUGUGUGAUGUGUGGCGUCCGCCUCUCCUCCUGUUUGUGCGUGCUUGAGCCUCAUUGAGUGCUGUGUAGUGUUUGUUUCUUCCCCCAAGUGAACGAAUGUAAAGAUCCUCCUCAUUAUUGUAUGUGUAAUAAACAUGACCAGCCACUUAACUGAGAAUGAAAAAUAAAUAAAAAGGAUAAAACCAACUCCA